AGGAAGGAAGCAAGCAAGCAACCCCCCAAAAGCCAGAUUCCCACUUGCAGUGCUUCCCAAGAAUCCAGACCACACUCUUCUUUUCCUCUCUCUCUCUCUCUCUGUCUCUCUCUCUAUAUUCUCCUUUCAUUUCAAUUUCAUAUUCUUGUUUCAUUUCAAUUUCUGGAAAAGUUAAGAAAAUGACUGACAGAGUCCACCCAUCAUCAGCUACUAAGCCAAAUGCCAAUGGCGGAGCCCCCGCCCCAACCGCCGCCGCCGCUAGCGGCGGCGGCGGCGGCGGAAAUCCAGCUAAACCCAAGGUUUACAACCCGAACCGCAUCCCUUACCGGGCCGGGCCGGGUGCGAACCUGCCGACCCGGCGGUGCAGCUGCCGGAGAUGCUUUUGCCUCUGUUGCUUCUGGGCCGUCCUCCUCCUCUGCAUCCUUCUCCUCCUCGCCGCCAUCCUCGGCGCCGCCUUUUACGUGCUCUACCGCCCCCACCACCCCGUCUUCUCCGUCUCGUCCCUCAAGAUUUCCCAAUUCAACCUCACCACCGCCCCCUCCGACGGCACCACGCGCCUCUCCACCCGCCUCAACCUCACCCUCUCCGCCAAAAACCCCGACGCCAAAAUGAUCUACACUUACGACCCCAUCUCCCUCUCCGCCUUCUCCGGCCUAAUCCUACUCGCAAACGGAACCUUCCCGAGCUUCAUCAGCAACCCCGACAACAUCACCAUCAUUCAUUCCACGCUGUCAAUGCCGACCCCGCAGGUGCUCGAUUCGGACUCUUUUUCGGGUCUCAAGUCGGACCUCAAGAGGAAAACCGGGCUGCCCGUCAAGAUCUUGAUGGAUACGAUGGUGCUGGUGAAGCUGGAGAAGAUGAAGAGCAAGAAAGUUGGGAUCCGAGUCACCUGUGAAGGGAUACAUGCCCCGAUCCCCAAGGGCAGAGCUCCAGGGCUGGGUACAACUUCUCAUGCGCGCUGUACCGUUGAUCUUAGAUUCACUCUCUGGAAAUUUAGUUCUAAUUAAAAAUUCAAAAUAAGAAAUAAAAAAAACGGCUCAGAAGAUUGAGGUUUUUGUAUUGUAAUCACAAUUACUACUUCCAUAAUUUGUAGAAUGUGCAUUUCUGUUAUACACAUUCUCGUUUUGUUUUCA